GAAAAGUAAAAACACACGGGGGGUUUUUACCACUUUCUCAACGGGGCUGAAGGAGGCGCUUAAAGGGGGGCCAGAGACCCGUGUUUCAGGGGGGCAGCUUGGAGGGAGGCUCACUCCCCCCCACGGACGGAGGGAUGAGCGGCUGUCCCGGGGGAAAUGUCCAAAGGAACAGAAACGGCAUCAAACCCGCGGCGGGGCCUGAGAGGGCUGAGCAAGAGAGGGGUUCCCUGUCCCUCCUCACUGAAGGGGGGAAGGGCGCAGGUCCCGUGGCCAGAGGCCCCUCCCAGGAGAAGGGGGGGCCGAGCCCUCAUUUGUAAUUAUGCAAAUGAUCGAACACAGAACUUCCACAUGCACUCUCCCAUCGGGAAUUUCCCAUCACAUCCGGGUCUCUUUCUUGUACGGAACCCCACGUUCCAUCCCAGCUCAUCCCCAAAGGCUUGGGAACCUCCAGGAAAGAAGGAGGGACGGAACCAGGAAUAAAGGGAAUCGGGAUAAAGUCUUCACUGUAUCAAAGAAGGCCGCCUGGUGACGUCACUCCCGCCUCCGCCCCUGAGCUGCUGAGCCCCAGGGCAUGCCGGGAGUCCCAAGAGGUGCAGGCGCGGCCUUGGACGUCCCUUUUCCUUCUUACGGCUCCUCCCAUUCCGCGCCAGUUCGGGGCGAUCUUGAGCAGUGUGGAAAUCUGGCGCGGAAGUGCGGCUCCGAGCGUGGGGGUCAGCAUCAGCCUGGGCAGAGAAGUCUGACUCCACCCUCCUCUGGGGCCCCCCUCCCUCCCCAGGGCAGCUGGAACAGGACCCAAACCCGGAACCAAAGAUAUGGCCCCUGAUAGCCUGAGACCCUCUUUCCAGGAAUUGGUGACAAUCAAGGAUAUUGUGGUGGAUUUCACUGAGGAGGAGUGGGGGCUCCUGGACCCUUCUCAGAAGGAGCUCUACAAGGAGGUCACGCUGGAGAAUGUCCAGAAUCUGGUGUCCCUGGAUGUAGAAACUGGGUUCACAGUAAAUGAAAUGAAUAAAAAGCUGGGAAUUUUUGUGGAAGAACAUGACCUGCAAAGGUUCAUAGAUGAUCCCUGUGACUUCAGUUUGAAGGAAUUGCAUGAUUUGAAUCUCAAAGUAGAUAGAUUUCCAAAGAGUGAUUGUGAAUUGGAUGAAAUUGAAAAGAGAUUCAGAUGGAGUUCUAUCCUAAAUCACUGUAAGAAAAUGAUCUCAGGGAAUGAUUAUCUUCAAGGUAGUGAAUACAAGAAAUGCUUUACUGAAGAGAUAGAGCUAUUGGUUCCAGGUAAUCAAAGGAAUAUAGCUGUGAAGUGGAGUUCAGACCUCAGUGGCCAUCAGAGGAAUGAUACUGAAGAAAUGGUUUCCAUAAGUAAUAAAAGUGAGAAGGCUGUCAGUCAGAGCUCUAAUCUCUUUACUCAUCAGCAAAUGAAUAUUAGAAAAGAACCUGAUGAACAUAGUGUAUGUGAAACAAUCUCAUCCUAUCACUCAUCUCUUCCUUAUCACCCUGGAAUUAAAAGAUUUGCAUAUGAUCAGUGUGGGAAAGCCUUUGUUUGGAAUCCAGCUCUUGCUAGCUCAGAGAAGGCUCAUCCUGGAGAGGUGUCUCAGAAAUGUACUAAAUGUGGGAGAGCUUUCUAUUACAUAUCAUUACUGCUUGACCAUCAGAGAAUCCACCCUAGAGAGAAGCAUUAUUUAUGUCUUCAGUGUGGAAAGCCUUACAUAUGCAAUCAAUGUGGAAAAGCUUUUACAGGUCUCUCCCAGCUAGCAAAACAUAAGAAAACCCACACUGGAGAGAAGGCUUAUGAAUGUAAUCAAUGUGGAAAGACUUUUAGAUGGAGCUCCCAUCUUGCUAGACAUCAGGGAAUCCACAGUGGAGAGAAACCUUAUAAAUGUAAUUAUUGUGGAAAGACUUUCACGGUGAAGGGCAAUCUUGCUAGACAUCAAGGAAUCCACACUCGAGAGAAACCUUUUAAAUGUAAUCACUGUGGAAAGGCUUUCACACAGAGUUCCUGUCUUGCUAACCAUCAGAGAAUCCACACUGGAGAGAAACCUUUUAAAUGUAAUCAGUGUGAAAAGGCUUUCAUAAGUAAUUACAGGCUUGCAGAACAUCAGAGAGUCCACACUAGAGAGAAACUUUUAAAGUGUAAUCACUGUGGAAAGGCUUUCACACAGAGUUCCUGUCUUGCUAACCAUAAGAGAAUCCAUUGGAGAGAAACCUUUUAAAUAUAAUCAAUGUGGAAAGAGUUUUAGAUUCAGCUUCCGUCUUGCCAGAGAUCAGAGAAUCUACACUGGAGUGAAACCUUUUUUUUUUGGAAAGUGUUGGUUUUUUUUUUUUUUUUUUUUCUAUUUUGGGUAAGAGAGGAUAACAGUGGGAAGUGUACUAGCCAUAGGAUUGUCCUUCCUCUAAUCUUCUAAUCUAAAAUAAUAAGGUAUUAUUACAGUAAUUAUUAUUACAGUAAUGAUACAUGUAAUAGAAUAAGACAGGACAUUUUGAAAAAUGUUUUAUUGAAUUCAUUACUACUCAAAAAAGAAAUUCAGGCUUUGCAAAUUCGUUUCUUGAUAUAUUUUUCUGUUUUAUGUAAAUUUAAAAUGUUCAUUUGAUUUCAUUUGUAUGAAUUUCAAAAUUAAAGAAGUCAGAUAUUAA